AUGCCGCGUAGCGCGCAGACUCACCACCAGAUGCCACUGCCUUCCAUUCGCAGGACCCCUAUCGACGAAUUCAACCGUUCCCAGCCGCUGUUAACGCUCGCGUUCCCUACCCUCUACCCUGACGGCAAGGCCGACUUCGUGGAGCCUCGCCUACGGAGCAUCGCGUACCAGGACUACCUUGGCCAUGCGAUGAGAUGGCAUGACGGACGUUUUGCCCGCCAUAAAACGUGGCCUUUCGUCGCCCUCAACACGCUGCUACAGGAAGCGAUGGCUGAGCCUGACGAGCCAGAGGCUCAGGACCUGAUCCAGUCGAUCACGCGCCAAGCCGCGGUAAUCAGGGGCACCCGGCCGUAUUGUGCGGCCGAUUACCACUGGGAGUCCCUAUAUCGUCACAUGCCUCGAUUCCAAGAGUGGAAAGCAGCUCCUGAGGCGGCGCGCAUGGUCCUGUCCCGGCAACUACUGCGAGACAACGCCCACAUCGCCGCUUACCACUUCCAUAAGCGUUAUACGCUGUUUAGGACUAUUGUCCUGAAGCAGAAGUUCAACCUAACGGACUUUUGGGGCCGUUACGAGUGGCAGGGCAGGGGUUCCAGUCACCACCACGGCCUAUAUUGGCUAAGUGGCCACCCAGACUUAGAUCCUGACAACGAUCAGUCCCGGGAGCAAUUCGCCCGCAUCUGGGGAUAUCACAUAUCUGCUGUCAACCCAGAGCCUCAGCGAAUACAGCACUGGAACUUCAGGGGCGAGAGGAACGAUGGCCAGAUUAACCACUACAACCGCUUGCUUACCGUUGCGUGGCUAGCCAAUACAGACGUUUCGCCCUGCACGAGCCUCCAGCAGGUAAUCGAUUACGCGGCCAAAUACUGCUCCAAGUCGGAAAAGAAGAGCGAGUCUUUUGCCCAGAUUGGGAAGGCUUUGAUGUCCCGGGUCAAGGACCACAACCCCCUGAUUUCCUUCACGUCAAAGCUCCUCAAUCAGCUGGUUGCUGAGCGGGAUUACUCUAAGCAGGAGGUCAGCCACUUGCUCCUCGGCCUGCCGUUACAGGAAGGCUCACGAACCUGCCUGUUGAUGAUCUCCUCACAUUUGACGGCCAGCUUUUUGGUUCUCACGCUGAGGCCUUCUCCUAUUGUUGGCAGCACCACAGUCAUGGUGAUGACCAUUAUGGUCGGCCAAAAGAGGCUCGAUUACAGCCUCAAGAUGAUCAAUACGAGGCUCUGCCUGUGGAGGAAGAAUUUGAUGAUGAAGACUGGAUUCGCCUCGCCGCCCUUUACCUGGGAACCCCUUACCCAGGAAGAUCUUGACCUUCUUGGCCGCCGUGAUAUCGACGUCAAUUACGACUGGACACGGCAUGUGGGUACAUAUCCGGAACUUCGAGACGGCUACUGGAAAGACCUUAUCGCUAGCCACCCCAUGGCCAACGAUGUGGAGGUCCUUGGCCCUCACUGGCGUAAUACGCUGAAUCCGCAACAACGGCUCGUGUACGACACAUUCAUGGGUCACUUCCAGGCGAAAAAUCCUACUCAAAUCCUUCUCCACGUUGAUGGUGGUGGUGGCACCGGCAAGUCGUUCCUUAUCAAGGCCUUUCCACAGCGUAGCCUCGAGUUCUUUGGUGGUAUGAGCGUCUUGCUUGUGGGCGAUUUCUUCCAGUUACCACCAGUCCGGCAAAAGCCCCUGUAUUCGACUAGCACCAGCCUGUCUGCGUUGGAAAGGAGAGGGCAUGUGGCCUACCGGUUAUUUGAUCGCACCGUCUUCCUGACCACGGUACAGCGCCAGGCUGGUGAUGAUCAGGCCCAGUUCCGUCAGGCGUUGCAGGAACUGCGUGAAGUCAAGUUAUCCAUACCGUCCUGGAACCUCCUUAGCAGUCGGGUACAGGCCAGGCUAACGCAGAGCGAGGUUGACAGCUUCAAGGCCGCUUUGCGGGUGUAUUCUACAAGGGCGCGGGUGGAGGCAAAGAAUCAGGGCAAGGGCGCGGGGCAGGCACCAAGCGACAAUGCUGGCAAUCUAUCUAACAAGUUCCCCAUUGCUAAGGGCGCCAGGGUAAUGCUCACUACUAACCUAUGGCAGCCAGCUGGCCUAGUUAACGGUGCCCAGGGUACUAUCCCCCCGGCCGUUAUUAUGGUGGACUUUGAUAGCUACGACGGACCGCCAUAUCUAACAACUAACGAGGGCAGGAAAAUCUCACCCAUCCUCCCAAGCCUAACGAAGGAUCAAAUAGUUACUGAUCUCGCUACACGCGACUUCCAGGCCGGGAUUAGCUAUGCUGCUGUCUCACGGGUUACGUCGCUGCAAGGCUUACUCCUCGAGGCGCCUUUCGAUCGUCAAAGCCUCUAUAACCACACGCCGACGGAAGGGAUGAAGAUGCGCCUCGCUGACCAACAACGGCGUCAGGGUCAACAGCUGACCGACGCACCAUAUACACCACGCUACCUUGACUAA